AUGCUAGAAACUGCCGCAUGCAGCAGCGAGGCCCGUAGAUCCAAGGCAGCCUUACCGAUUCUGCUCGAUUUAUGUGUUUGCGUGUUGCCGACCCUUCAAAAGGGUGGUGUCUUUCUGCAGCUGUACGCAACUGUCCGGCUUUCUUUUCACCAGCCCUGUACGCAUUGCCUAGGUGACUAUUCGCAGUUUCUGAGGAAUUGCUUUUCCAGAUUCCCAGGCCGAUGGCCAGAAAGCGCCCGUUUGGGCAUUUAA